GAAAAUUAAAAGUUGGCGAGCUAGCUAAAUUAGCUAGUAGUAGUGAUACACACUAGGGAUUCAAUCUGUGUAAGGUUAAAUACAUUUAUUCGGGGAUUGCUAGCCAGCCAGUCAGCCAAGAUCUCUCAGUUCAGCUGUAAAAAAAAAAUGAGUCUUCUUCCUGACCUGAAAGCCAAUGAGGAUGAAACAUCCUACUAUGCAGACAAGACCUGGGUCCAGUGCGAGUCCCCCAGAUGCCUGAAGUGGAGACUGGUACCAAAGGGUGAUGAAGCUAGGGCUGAGCUGGACCAUGGCAAGCCCUGGUACUGUCAUAUGAACCCAGACCCUCUCUUCAGCCACUGCAGCAUCCCUCAGGGCCCUUUCCCCAAUAAUUCCCAGUUCAAGGAACAUGGCCUGAAGGUUGUGUGCUCCCUGCUGCCUGUCGGGAGCCUGGUGCUGGUGAAAGCAUGCAAAUGGCCAUGGUGGCCAGCCAUCCUGAGUCCAGACCCCAACAUGGAGGAGUACGUGAGGCUGGGCAGCGAAGGUUAUGUGGAGCACUACCACGUUGAGUUCCUGGGGAGACCUCACACCAGAUACUGGGCUGCUGCUAAGCAUGUAGAACUCUACCACACGUCGUUCGCCAAACCCAAAUACAGGAACCUGCAAGGUGCUAUGAGGAAGUCCUAUGAGGUGGCGAUGGAGGAAGUGGCUAAGGUCAUGGAGAUGGGAUGUGAGGAGAGACUGCAGUUCAGCCACUUCCAGCCCCAGGAAUGUGGUUAGGAUUUGGGAUGCCAGCGUCGAGGAGGAUGGAGACACUGUGAUCAUAGAAGGCUUCAGGUUUGAGAGUGCUUCCUGUCUGGAGGACCUCAUGACUGCACCAACCAAGAAAUAAGAGAUUGGAACAUUUCCCAGAGAGUGUUUCUAAAAGACGUGUUAAUCCUUUGCUUUACAUUCAUGAUAUUUAUUUGUAAUUUGAUAUUUUCCUAAAAACUGCGGUCAUUGUUGAAUUCUGGUGACUGGCAGUAUAAAGAAGCCUUCAACCUCAGUACAGUCUUCCGUUUGGCUGGUUUGUUAAAUCUCUCACUGUGUUCAUUUAUUCUCUAAUAGUAAUUUUAUGUUAUUGUAUUCCAGUGCAAUACGGCUGCAUGUUGUAUUCCUCAUGUUGUUUAAAGUUCAGACAAUGUAAGAAAUAAACGUUGGUAUCAGACAACACAA